GCCGCGAAAUGGCUCUGCUUCUUGUCAAUAUCCCCCACCGCUGUUUGUUGCGAAUUUUCCAGCUGCUCUUAUCCCCACCAAGUAAGGUCUCUCCCGUGCUCACGUCGGGUGGGGACUGAGCGAGCUCAGACGCCGUGCGAGCAUCUGACCAGCGAUUAUUUUUUCCUAUUCCGUGUAAUGAUCGGAUUACAGACUGCAUGAGUGAUCAGUCAACUGUCCUCGUGGUUUGUUUCUCGUGCUGCUUGCGAUCUGCUGUGCAUUCUCAAGGUUUGACCGUUUGGGCGAGUUCUGAUAUCACAAAGGGAUAUUAUAAUUCGGUAGGUUUUUCCCUCCGAAGAUCCGUGAGUUCUUUCUGCUGUACAGCAUGCAGCGCUGUGCACAGUAGGUUUACGCCCUUACCUUCAUUGCUUCCACCCUCAAAAUUCGUCAAGAUGGGAAGUGGACAACGUUCUAUUUCUGAUCACCAUUACCGUAGCCCUGACACGUCGCAAUGCAUCUGACAGUUCCCCGCUAGCUCCUUGAACCGGCGGAACCAUAGCUGGUCAAGGCUGUUGUGGAAUAUACUGAUGUGACAUGUACC